CUGGCAGCUAGCUCAGCACUAAGAGCAACCAGUGAGGAGAGGGAGAGAGAUCAUUUCUGGUGGCUUGGAAGCCUUUGGAAGCUAAAUAUGUUAAUUGUCCACAUGGGAGGGCUUUUAUGGCAAACUACUGAUAGAUUUUCUUUUAAAAGGGCUUCAGUCUCUUCUGAGCCACUUUGGAGGGUCUAAAGUUUUGAACUGAUAAACCUCUUCCUUUUAUAUGCUAAAGCUUGGGACAUCAAUUCACAAUAUGAAGAUGCUGCUGACUUUGUUCCUCAUCCUUAUGGGGAGUCACACUUCAGUAACUCAAACACCUGGGUUUAUGGACAUAGAAGAAGCUGAUAUUUAUGUGCUCAUUGAUGGCUCAACAAGCAUUUCUCCUAAUGCCUUCAGAGACAUCCAGCAUUUUUUGAAGGAAUUGAUUAAGAUGUUUAACAUAGGACCGAAUAAAGUUCAUUUUGGAGCCGUGCAAUACUCACAUAGUAUUAACACAGAGUUUCAACUUCAUGAAUACAACACAGUAUAUGAGUUAGAGAAGGCCAUUGACAACAUUAGGCAAAUAUAUGGGGAUACCUUUAUUGGAGCAGCUCUGACUUUCAUGCAGCCACUGUUUAAAGAGGCAAGGAAGCAGCGAGUGGGCAGGGUGCCCCGUUACCUCAUUGUCCUAACAGAUGGGGAGUCACAGGACAGUGUAAAGGAGGCUGCUGAGCAGCUGAGGAAUGAGGAGGUCAAUAUUUUGGCUGUUGGUGUAAAAGGUGCAAAUGAAGAACAGUUGUAUGAGAUCGCAGGAUCAAAGGGCAGGACUUUUUUUGUUCAAGAGUUUAGCGCCUUGAAAAACAUAAAAAAUGAAAUUGUUCAACUUAUCCGUCCUGGGAAAGUAGCCUUAAAAGGAAUGAGAGCUGACAUCAUGUUUCUAGUGGACAGUUCUGGAAGCAUAGGACAAGACAACUUUUUGAAAAUAAAAAGCUUUAUGAAAGAACUGGUGAACAAAACUGACAUUGGCCCAGACCGGGUGCAGGUUGGGGUCAUCCAGUUCAGCGGCAGUAACAAGGAAGAAUUCCAGCUUAACCAAUACUCUUCCAAAGACGACAUUUUCAGUGCAAUUGAAAGAAUGUCGCUGAUAGGGGAAAUUACACUAACAGGAGGCGCGCUGACAUUUGUGUCUAAUUAUUUCAAGCCUUCCAAGGGUGCACGUCAGGGUGUCAAAAAGUUUCUUAUCCUGAUCACAGAUGGGGAGGCGCAGGAUGAAGUAAGACUCCCAGCAACAGCACUACGCGAACAAGGUGUUACUAUCUACUCUGUUGGGGUAUUUAAUGCAAAUAAAAAUCAGCUGGAAGAAAUUAGUGGGCAGCGUGAACUGGUUUUUUACGUUGAAAAUUUUGAUAUUCUGCAAUACAUAGAAGAUGAAAUCAUCUCUGAGAUAAGCAGAUCCCAUGAUGAGAGCAAAAGGAUAGAAAGAUUAGAUGUUGUGUUUUUGAUUGAUGAAUCUGGAAGCAUAAGUGUCUUACAAUACGAGACCAUGAAAGACUUCAUGAUCACCUUGGUAAAUAACUCUGAUGUUGCUCCAGAUAGAGUUCAAUUUGGAGCAGUAAAAUAUUCCGAUGAACCACAAACGUUUUUCUUCCUUAAUCAGUAUGAUACAAAAUCCAAGAUUGUAGAGGCUAUCCAAAAGGAUGUAUCUAGAGGAGGUUCAACAUAUACAGCCAAGGCAAUUGGCUAUUCAGAAUCUCUAUUUGCUCAAGAGCAUGGUGGCCGCAAAAGCAAGGGAGUUCCACAGGUUCUUAUCGUGAUAACAGACGGUGAGUCCCAUGACAUGCCACAACUCAAUGACACAGCUAAGAGAUUAAGAGACAACGGAAUAAUUAUCUAUGCUGUUGGAAUAGAAGGAGCAAAUCCUGGUGAGCUUUUGGGCAUGGCUGGAUUGAAAGGCAAUUAUUUCUACGUGGAUACAUUUGAAGGACUAAAAAACAUACAGACAUCAAUAUUGGAUAAAAUACGUGAUGAUUCAAAACCAGAGUAUGAUAUUAAAGCAGACCUUGUGUUCUUGAUUGAUGGUUCCACAAGUAUACUCCCAGAUGACUUCAUCAAGAUGAAGAAAUUCUUGGAAGCUGUAAUAGAUCAGAUUGUUGAUGGACACAAUGUUCAAGUUGGCAUUGCCCAGUACAGUCACUUGUAUAAAAGAGAAAUCAACUUGGGUGCUUAUCAGAACAAAUCAGAACUGAAAGUGCAAAUUCAGAACAUUGAACAGAUGACAGGAAAUACUUUAAUUGGAAAUGCACUUAAGAAUGUGAAGGAAUUCUUUGCCCCAGCAGGUAGUAGAAAAGUAACAAGAAAUAUCCGGUCAAUUUUGGUGGUACUCACUGAUGGACAGUCAAUGGAUGAUGUUUCUGAACCAGCGGAAAAUCUGAGAAGGGAAGGUGUUGAUAUAUAUGCUAUAGGAGUUGGGGAUAUUAGUCACUUGGAGCUCACGCAGAUAGCUGGUGGUGCAGAAAGGAAGUACACGGUUAAUGAUUUCAGUAAGCUGAAAUUCAUUAAAAAAAGAUUAAUUAAUGACAUAUUCAAAACUGUCAUUUCUACAAGUAGGUAUUAAUGACUAAAUGUCAAUCCUGACUUCUUGCCUCUGUCCCACCUCUCGAGCUGUUUUUCUUCAAACUUGCAUUGUUUUUGACCAUUACUGAAGGGGUCUAAUAAAAGCCAGGUUUGAAUUUUCUAGCUACAGCAUUUAUAAAUUACUCUUGCCCAAAAUAAAUGACUAGACCAGGCAGAGACAAUGCUUUAUUUACAUACUCCAUAACACACAAAUGGAACUACACGUUUUUGAUUCUGCUUUCAAAAUAAUCUAGGGGGUCACACUUCUUGUGCCUUCCAUAGAUCAAGAUCAUCGCAUGCCCCCAGGGCUCCUUGCAUUCCUCUGUUCCCUACCACAAACUAUGUGGGCUCCUCUCCUAUUGCCCUCUAUUUCAGGGGUUCACUGAAACCCCAUCCUCAUGGCAAGGGCUUUGUGCCCUUCAUAGCUUUGUCUACCAUUCUCCUCCUCUCAUUCGAGGGGCUAUAUGCCCCCGCCCCCCACACACACACCUCCAGCUUCCUCGUCUCCCCUCAUCAUUCAUUUUUCUUUCUGUCUGAGAGAUAAAGAAUUAUAGACGGGGUUGAAUCUGCCUUCUUAGCAGAUGCCAGUUCAAAAGUUAUUUGUAUGUCAUCCAGACAGACAGAAGAAUGCCAUCGACUUGACUGUAGGGUUCUGCUGCUGUGAGCACCCAUUUAUUAGUAUUGGCCUAUGCAUGAAACAGAAGUGACAGUAUGACUUCUAGGUGUAUUGAAUAGGCUCUUAGUGUAGAUCGCAUUAUUGAAUCUUAAAACAUCUUUCAAUACAAUGCACUGAUAAAAUGCUACGUUUCAGUCUAACCGCUAGUGGGGAAUAAUACGAAACCAACCCCGGUUCUGCUUCUAUUAAAAUAAACAACAAAACUCCCAGGCUACGUCUAC